AUAAGUUCCGUUGUUGUCGCACAACACAUUGGAAGUGGCCGCCUGCUUGUGUGAAUGAAUUGGACAACCGGCUAAGCAAGCUGGUUAUUUCUCUUCAAUUUUCUUCUUCAGGCAGUCAAGACGUCUUACGCAAUGAGAGGUGAUCGGGGCAGAGGCCGUGGUGGCCGGUUCGGGUCCAGAGGUGGUCUGGUGCAGGGGUAUCGUCCCUUUGUUCCGCACAUUCCCUUCGACUUCUAUGUGUGUGAGAUGGCGUUUCCACGGGUGAAGCCGGCCCCAGAUGAGACCUCCUUCAGCGAGUGUCUCCUCAAGAGGAACCAGGACCUCAGCCCCACACCUGCUGAACAGUCCUCCAUCUUGUCUCUGGUCACCAAGAUCAACAACGUCAUCGACAACCUCAUCGUUGCCCCCGGGACCUUCGAAGUGCAAAUAGAGGAGGUGCGGCAGGUGGGCUCCUAUAAGAAGGGGACCAUGACGACGGGUCAUAACGUGGCAGACCUGGUGGUCAUCCUCAAGAUACUGCCCACACUGGAGGCAGUGGCAGCGCUGGGCAACAAAGUGGUGGAGACGUUGCGCACACAGGACCCCGCAGAGGUGCUCUCCAUGUUGACCAAUGAGACUGGGUUUGAGAUCAGCUCGGCUGAUGCUACAGUCAAGAUCCUCAUCACAACCGUGCCCCCCAACCUGCGCAAGCUGGACCCAGAGCUGCACUUGGACAUCAAGGUGCUGCAGAGUGCCCUGGCUGCUAUCCGCCAUGCUCGCUGGUUUGAGGAGAACGCUUCCCAGUCCACUGUAAAGGUUCUGAUCCGGUUGCUGAAGGACCUGCGUGUGCGUUUCCCAGGCUUUGAACCCCUCACCCCAUGGAUCCUGGACCUGCUGGGUCACUCUGCAGUGAUGAACAACCCCUCCAGACAGCCCCUUCCCCUCAACGUGGCAUACAGGCGUUGUCUGCAGAUGUUGGCUGCAGGCCUCUUCCUGCCCGGCUCCGUGGGCAUCACUGACCCUUGCGAGAGCGGAAACUUCCGGGUGCACACCGUCAUGACCCUGGAGCAACAGGACAUGGUGUGUUUCACGGCCCAGACACUGGUGCGCGUGCUGUCUCAUGGAGGAUACCGCAAGAUCCUGGGACUGGAGGGAGACGCCAGCUACCUGUCCACGGAGAUGUCCACGUGGGAGGGCGUGAUCGUGACUCCGUCUGAGAAGGCAUACGAGAAGCCCCCGGAGAGGAAGGAGGAGGAAGAGGAGGCACUGGAGGAGGGAGGGGAGGCCGAGGACGAGAGCAUGGAGACUCAGGAGUGAAGAUGAUCCUUUAUAUGUGACCCAGAAAUCAUUUUAUUUGGCAGCCAUUUUUUUUAUUUAAAGAGGUGCUCUGUUUAUCCGGAAACCUGCCCUUACCCUCACCCCCACAAAUGUCUUCACCCAAUCCGAGCGAAGGGCCUUGGGCAAAGGCUUGAUCAUGAUUGGUUCCUUUUGGUUGGUCCUUUUUGUAUCCCCUCAGGCUCGGAAGUAGAGGUGUAUAAAGUAGAUGUAGAAGUACUGUUAGGGGUGUAACUGCAACACUAACAGUAUGAAGUUACAUAGGUGCAACUACUAGUGUUGCAAUUCUACUUUACACUAUUUUGUACUCCUCUACUCAGAAGAGGCCAGGGUGUGUUUGCCCCAAUGUGAUGUGUACAAGUAUUUUUUUUGUUUUUACUCGAUAUUAAACUUUUUAUUACAUCUA